AUGAACAUCGCCCCCAAAGUCCUCAUUGUCGGAGCAGGACCUUCUGGUCUGGUACUUGCUCUUAACCUUCUUAAGAAUGGAGUCCCAGUGCGGGUUGUUGAAAAGGAAAUCAACCCUAGGAUUGGGCAACGCGGAGCCGGCAUCAUGGUAUCGUGUCUCUCGCUGAGAAUAAUUUCGAUGGACUCAACCUGUAAUCCACAGCCUCGUUCCCUGGAAUUAUUUCAGUUUCUUGGUGUUGUCGAUGUAAUCACCAAGGCUGGUACAUCGAUCCCCACCAUUCGUAUGUAUAAAUCGGAUGGUGUCGAGGUUUUGAAAGAAUUUCAAAUGACUCCAUCAAGGGAUCCCACACCUACCAACCCAUAUCUCAACCCCGUGCUAUUGGGCCAAGAGGGUUUGGAGGCAAUUUUGCGAACUGCGCUGGCAGAGCACGGUUGCUCUGUGGAAUUGGGCACAGAGCUGCGGUCGUUUCAGCAGUUCGACGAUCGCGUGGACGCAACCCUCGUUAAAGUCGGGGAACCCAAGGGCGAUGUUGUUACAGAGAACGCUACUUUCGAUUGGGUCAUUGGCGCAGACGGCGCCCGCGGUGCUGUCCGCAAACAGCUUGGACUGAACUUUUUGGGUGAGACGAGGGUAGAGAAGUUUAUUGUGGGCGAUAUCGUGGUGGAAGGACUCUCUCCAAAGGUCUGCCGUAUACAAGCAUCUGCGUGGACAUGUUUAUUCAUACUGCCGUCCACAGCAUUGGCAUAUAUGGGGAGAUGCCGGAAACACUCUGUACGAGGACGGUUCAGCUUCGUCCUUGUGGGCGAAAACCUCCAGGAUGUUGAGGUGUCUUCGAGUCAUCAUGCCCUCCGCAAAUUCCUGAGUGACAACAUUGGGAAUCGAGCUGAUAUCGUGUUCGGCGACAUCAUUUGGAUGUCACAUUAUGUACCGAACAUUCGAGUGGUUGACAGAUUCAAGGUGGGAAGGGUUUUUGUGGCAGGAGAUGCAGCUCAUGUUCACAGUCCAACUGGAGGCCAGGGUAUGAACACUAGCAUCCAAGACUCUUUCAAUCUCGGCUGGAAGCUUGCCCUCGUUGUCAAAAGCCUCGCCCGUCCCUCUCUUCUCGAUACUUACUCCGAGGAGCGACUUCCAGUUGUCUCAGAAAUGCUGAAGCAGACCACUAAGCUGCUCAACGGAGUUGUGAAAUCUUCAAAGGAUGAUGGUGCCUGGAACCGUUCUGGCUCAACUCUUCAAUUGGGCAUCAAUUAUCGAUGGAGUUCAAUUAUCCUUGACGAGGUGAAGAAAACCGAGCCUACUGCGCAAGACAGCGUCGACGAGAGAUCCGACUCAUACGGCGUCAGCGUCAACGACGGUUUGCAAGCGGGUGAUAGAGCACCAGAUUCGCCAGACCUUACCCGUCUCCGCUCGGAUUUGAUAGCCAAGAAGAGCUCAUUGUUCCGCGAUGUUUUCGGGCCCUCCUACCACACCGUUCUUAUCUUUGCACACUUAGUGGAUGCGAAGGCGUCACUCCAACGGGUGACAGGUUAUCCAAAGGAUGUCCUUCGAACCGCCGUCAUUGUUCCAUCGCAACAGGCGGUUCCCAUUGACUUACCUGAUCACGUCAAUCUGGUUUUUGAAGAUUCCAAAGGCCAUGCCCAUGAAGCCUAUGCUGGGCGGAAGUGUGGUAUUAUCGUUGUGAGACCGGACGGUGUAGUGGGUGCCAUGGCAAGGGAUCCACAAUGGUUGGACCGUUAUUUCAAGGGAAUACUACUUGAGCCAUUAAAUUUUUGA